GAGCUUCCACAGUGUGUUGUUUGGCAACAACAUUCCGUCUCGUCGAAGUCGUCGCUGUCGGGACGGCAUUUGUACAAACGCCACGAUAACAGUGCAGCUUGUUCACAAGUUUCGAUCUUGCAGAAACAUUUUCUCAUUUGUUGAAAUUUUUUUAAUGACCGUAGAAGUCAGUGUUUACAUUCACUGAGCUGCAAAAGAGAGUUUUCGGCGAAACGCAAACGCGAGAAGCGAUAAAAUGGACGUGGAGGACUCUCAACAAAAGACGAUGACAAUUCUGAUAAAAACACCAAGCCAGGCUGUGGAGGACCAAAAAGUCGAAGGCGUCCAUCUGAACUGGACGGUGAAAGAUCUUAAGAAACAUCUGUCGGCAAUCUAUCCAAUUAAACUGCCUGAGAGUGACCAGAGGCUCAUCUAUGCAGGCAAACUUCUACCUGACCAUCUUCACGUUCGUGAUCUCUUCAGAACUGUGAGAGAUACCAUUCCCAUACUGCAUCUAGUCUUUGCUGUGAAGAUGCAAACGAAAGCAAAUCUGGGAGCAAGACCAAAGGUUAAAGGAACAGCCGAGCCACCUCAGUCUAUUCCACAGCCUGUUGUAUCCCCUGCUUCAGCCAGCAUCACUGCAGAGCUGAGACAGAGAAGGCAGCCGUCUUCAAUUUCAGCUACCUCUCCAGUAAACACGCACGUCACUGUAUCACCCCCUGGAGUUUCUGCAUGGCCUGGCACCAACAUGACUGAAACGCCACAAAUGAAUCAACCAGUAUUUCCUGCCUACUCGCUGUACAGCCCCCAACAACUUCUAUGGCUCCAACACGUCUAUGCUCGACAAUAUUAUAUGCAAUACCAUGCAGCUAUGGCAGCAAGUGGCACUGACCCCACCAUAGCACCUGCAACUGUUGGCCACCACCCUCGUGUACCUGCCCACCAAGUACCUGUACCGGCACCUAUCGCCAAUCAGAACCCCAUCGACAAUCUGCAACCCGCAAACCAGAACCCGGCUCAGGAUGGCGCAUUCAUCAACCCAGGCGUAGCCAAUGAGAACAUGCGAAUGAAUGCUCAGGGUGGGCCUCUAGUGGAAGACGAAGAAGGAAUGGAGCGAGACUGGUUGGACUGGUUGUACUCCGGUGCCAGACUUGGUGUUCUGCUCAUGAUUGUUUAUUUCAACUCCAACUUGAGUCGCUUCCUGCUGGUGAUGAGUGCACUCCUCGUCAUUUACCUUCACACCACAGGCUGGUUUCCUUUUCGAAGGCGACAGCAGGUCCAAGGACCCAAUCACCUGCAGCCUCCUGAAGUCCAGCACAACCAAGAGAAUGAGAACAGAAUCCCAAAUUACGUCGCCGAGGCUGCUGAAGGACAGAGAGAACUUUCUGCUGAGGAUCAAGAAGAAUCAGAGGAACGUGUGCCAGCGACUGCAGUUCUGGUGCCUCAGCACAGGGUGUCAUUCAUGUGGACAGCGUGGGUCUUUUUGAAAACUUUUUUCUCCUCACUCAUACCUGAGGUCCCUCAGGGUGUGGCCAAUUGACCAGCUGGUACUGAUCGUCCCAAAGAAGUUAACCAUGGAGUUGUUCUUAUUCACGGUGGAAAGAACACUUCAAAAUGACCAAAAACCGAAAUAUCAUCUACACGGGUGAGAGAAAUAGUAACCAGCUUAUUGAGAAACAGUAUGUUAGGCACAAGCAGUCAAGUAGCUCUUUAAUUAUGUCAGAGAAAUACAAACCUAACCUAAAUCCUGCAAUACAACAUGUAUUUAGUUAAAUUAGGAAAUUUGCCAGAAGGUUCCAAACUGACAGUAGAGGUUUUUUUGCUUCACGGGAUCUUGUGAUGCUACAAACUGAUAAGUGAGUGUACCUUUGUUGGCCUAUUCACCCCUUCAGACAUUAAAUAACUUUUCAAUCACAAAAUGUGCCAAAUUUAAACGGUAUGUUAAACCAACCUCAACUGUAACUUUUGCUGCAUGUUAAAAUGAUCAGAUGUGAUGAUUAUGCCAUGUCUUGUAUGAAAAUUGGGUGAUCAGAUGUGAUGAUUAUGCCAUGUCUUGUAUGAAAAUUGGGGCGGUUUUUAGUGGAGUGAACUUUGUUCUGAACUAAUGCAAUUAGUUUACAGCAACAAUUUAACUGACUGUCUACAUACAUAUUUGUACUACAGUAAUACUAACUCUGCACCAAAAGAAGAAAUGUAUCAGUCUAACACUAUAGACUGGGAAUCUGCUCCAAAGACUGCGUCUUUGGCCACAUUAAAAUCUGUGUUGGUAUUAUAAAAAUAUUGUCUAUACCUAAGAACGCACUUUAAUAAUACUGUAUGCAAGCAUCUCUACCCGGCGGAUUAUUUGUUGUUAUUAAAACAAUUAUUUAUAAUAUAAAUGACUGAGAGUCAGUCAGCAUGAUAUCAAGCUCUCGUGAAAUCUAUUUGAUAAGUAGUAAAAAAGGGGGGAUCUAUUUCAAAUGUCUUGAAAUACCAAGGUAAAGGGUUCCAUCUCUUUCCAGCAUUUGCUUUCUUGUCGCUAGGCAUUUGUAAACAUCGUUGAUGGUGUUGGUGUGCUAUCAAUACUACAAGGUUUGAUGGUUCACUUUUACCUGAUGUUAAUUUCAGUGGUCUUUUGGGAUUAAAUAUGUUUUUCAUCCAGUGUAAUGAAAUAACUUAUUUUAGAGGCAUACAGUUAUCCCCACCUGUAGGAUUUAUGCCUGGCGACUGGCGAAGGAGAAUAUUUUGUGACCAAUGUCACUAUGUACAGAAUAAAUGAAUAUUUUAACGUUUGCUCAAUGAAUUGUGUUAUUUUGUAUGUUGGGAAUACUUGCAAUAAGAUGCAAUAAAUAUUCUGAACUUAAAA